AUGGACGAGGCCCCGGCGCCGCUGCUGCUGCCGCCGCCGCCGCCGCCACCGCCGCUGCUCCCCGCCGCUCCCGGUGAGGCGGGCCCCGACCCGGCCGCCGGACCGCCGGGCCCCGAGGACGGGCGGCUGAGGCACGGGGCGAAACGGGUGACGUUCCCGUCCGACGAGGACAUCGUGUCCGGGGCCGUGGAGCCCAAGGAUCCGUGGAGACACGCCCAGAACGUGACGGUGGACGAGAUCGUGAGCGCCUACAAGCAAGCCUGCCAGAAGCUCAACUGCAAGCAGAUCCCCAAGCUGCUGAAGCAGAUCCAGGAAUUCAAAGAUCUGGCCCCCAGGAUAGAUUGCCUGGAUCUGAAAGGGGAGAAGCUGGAUUACAAGGCCUGCGAGGCCCUGGAGGAAAUUUUCAAGCGGGUCCAGUUCAAAAUUGUUGACUUGGAGCAAACGAGCCUGGAUGAAGACGGCGCCUCGGCGCUGUUCGACAUGAUCGAGUACUACGAGUCGGCCACGCACCUCAACAUCUCCUUCAACAAGCACAUCGGCACGCGGGGCUGGCAGGCGGCCGCGCACAUGAUGAGGAAGACGAACUGCCUGCAGUACCUGGACGCCCGCAACACGCCCCUGCUGGACCACUCGGCCCCCUUCGUGGCCCGCGCCCUGCGCAUCAGCAGCAGCCUGGUGGUGCUGCACCUGGAGAACGCCAGCCUCUCGGGGCGCCCCCUCAUGCUGCUGGCCACGGCGCUGAAGAUGAACAUGAACCUGCGCGAGCUGUACCUGGCCGACAACAAGCUGAACGGGCUGCAGGACUCGGCGCAGCUCGGCAACCUCCUGAAGUUCAACUGCUACAUCCAGAUCCUCGACCUGAGGAACAACCACAUCCUCGACUCAGGCUUGGCGUACAUCUGCGAGGGGCUGAAGGAGCAGCGCAAAGGGCUGGUCACCCUGGUGCUGUGGAACAACCAGCUGACUCACUCGGGCAUGGCGUACCUGGGGAUGACGCUGCCUCACGCCCAGAGCCUGGAGACCCUGAACCUGGGCCACAACCCCAUCGGCAACGAGGGCGUCCGCAACCUGAAGAACGGCCUCAUCGGGAACCGCUCCGUCCUGCGCCUCGGCUUGGCCUCCACCAAGCUGACCUGCGAAGGUGCCGUGGCGGUGGCGGAAUUCAUCGCGGAGAGCCCGCGGCUGCUGCGCCUCGACCUGCGGGAGAACGAGAUCAAAACGGGCGGCCUCAUGGCGCUGUCGCUGGCCCUCAAGGUCAACCACUCGCUGCUGCGCCUCGACCUGGACCGCGAGCCCAAGAAGGAGUCCGUGAAGAGUUUCAUCGAAACGCAGAAGGCUCUCCUCGCCGAAAUCCAGAACGGCUGCAAGCGCAACUUCAUCCUGGCCAAAGAGAAGGAGGAGAAGGAGCAGAAGCUGCAGCAGUCGGCCUCCAUGCCCGAAAUCACCGUCACGGAGGCCCUGGAGGAAGGCCCCGGGGAGGACGACAGCGCGGCCUCCACCCCGGAGGAGGGCGAGGAGGCCGGGGAGGGCCCCGUGUCCUCGGAGAACGGCGACGCGGAGCCGGCGGAGGACGGCGACGACCGCGAUGGCGCCACGGACUCCGACUCGGACACGGAUGAGGAGGAGGAGGACGCGGGGUUGGCGACGAAGGACUUGAGCCAAGCGCGGGGACAAAACGAUUCCGGCGGCGCCGCCGCCGCGGCGUCCCCGCAGCGGGCGAGGGCCGGGCGCGAUGCCGAGGCACCGCAGCACGCCGCCAGCGCGGGGAGCCCCUCCGCGUCCCCCCAGGGGAACGAGCGGAGGAUUUCGGUCUCCAGCCCCGGGCGAGGCCAUAAAAUCUUUGUGGUGACGCGCGUGGAGAGCCUGCCGGAGCGAGCGGCCGCCACCGCGUGCCCGCGGGAGGACGGGGACGGCCCCGCCGCCAAACCCGCCGAGCCCCCGGCCCCGACGCCGGCCUCCGAGUCCCCACUGCGGGACCCGCGGGCGAACGGGGCGGCUCCGGCCUCCGCCACCGGCGUGGACGCGGCGCCGAGCCCCGAGGAGCGCGGCAACCCCGCGCCCUGCGAGAGCCAGGCCCGCGACGCCGCCCUCCCCAACGGGCUGAAGACGGAUUUCGCGCGGGCGCUGCCCGACGUCUCUCCGGAGGGCGACGGGAAAGCGGGGAGCUGCGCGGCCGAGCACGAGCUGAGCUGCUCCAAGAACGAGAAGGAGCUGGAGGAGCUGCUCCUCGAGGCCAGCCAGGACACCGGGCAGGAGCCGCUGUGACGCAGACCCCGCAUCCGGGAGGCUGCGGCCGGCGCCCGCGUCGCUUCAUUCUCUUCCCGCUCCGCAUGAUCCCGAACCUCGGGCUCCAGGACAAGGGUCGCUUCCCCCCCCGCGCCCCCCGCUGCCGCUGCCCCCCUCCCGGCCGCUCUCCUCGCUCCUUCCCCGGAGCAGA